CUCGCGCUCAAAUCUUGUGCAGUCGCCUAGGCUAGUUUGUGAAUGCGCGCUGAUGAAUAUGAUAAGUGAAGUAGCCUGGUUUUGAUAACGAAAAACGUAAUGCAAAUAAUUUUCUAAGAACACCUGCUCAUAUAGAGAUUCUGCACGAUGGAAAAAUCCCGAGGAGAAAAUAUCAAAUCAACGUUUUACUUGGGAAUAAGGAAAACCGAAUGAAUCAGUAUCUUCAUGGAUGAGGACAUUCGUGAAAACGCUCGCGUACACGGAUGGCAGUGUUCUGCUAUUUGGAUAUUUGUUUCUGGACUUUUUAUAAUACCAAGACCGUGCGCUCUUCAUCGUGUCUCUUCUUACAUGCGCUAAAUAAGGAAGGAAGAUGGAGAAGGACAGCACAAUGAGGGGGAAAUACUUUUUGCUUUGUUACUUGUUGGUCAAAGUUAUGGCGCUUGUCUGCAAGGCGGAUGGAGAACCACCAGGACAACAGGAGGGCUUUGUCAUGAUAACGACGUCCAACGGAACCAGGGAGGAAGAGAGCGCAGGCAUCUCGGAGCCCCCGCACACGGAGGACUUGUGCCGUGGGUACUUCGAUGUGAUGGGCCAGUGGGACCCGCCGUUCUUUUGCAAAACGGGCGAUUAUCUGUACUGCUGCGGCACCUGUGGCUUCCGGUUCUGUUGCUCCUACAAGACCUCGCGGUUGGAUCAGAGCUCCUGUAAAAACUAUGACACUCCGGAAUGGAUGAUGACCGGUAAACCGCCUUUUAAGAAAAAUGACCCCCGGCAUGACCCGACCAAAGAUAAAACGAACUUAAUCGUGUAUAUAAUAUGUGGAGUAGUUGCUAUCAUGGCACUUGUUGGGAUAUUCACCAAACUCGGACUGGAAAAGGCGCACCGACCCCAGAGAGAGAAUAUGACAAGGGCUGUGCAGAGCGUGUUGCAGGGCGGCUGUGCGGGUGAGCAGUUCCAGGGGGAAGACACCCACGGCAUGCAUGCACAGCACUAUGACACAAGGGCCAACAACCUCCAGGGAAGUCAGUCACACCCAUACCCCACCCUCAGCCAACUGGCCCAUGUCUAUGAAAAACAACAACCAGACAAGGAGCUCAACAAGUACGCCUCGCUCAAGAUCGUAGCGGCCAAGGCCAAUGGAGACUUCUACAACAAGCGCCGUCUGAUGGUGGAACUGCCUUCCAAAGGGGGACUCCCUCUCCAACACAUGAACCCCAUGCGACAUAUGAACCCUAUGGGCAACAAUCCUAAAACCCACAAACCUUUGAACAACCCCUCCAUGACCCAUAAUCUAAUGACUAACCCCACCAUGACCCAUAAUCCAUUGACAAACCCCACCAUGACCCAUAAUCCAAUGAACAACCCCAACAUGACCCAUAAUCUAAUGACGAACCCCAGCAUGACCCAUAAUCUAAUGACGAACCCCAGCAUGACCCAUAAUCUGAUGACUAACCCCACCAUGACCCAUAAUCUGAUGACUAACCCCUCCAUGACCCAUAAUCUGAUGACUAACCCUACCAUGACACAUAAUCUGAUGACUAACCCCACCAUGACCCAUAAUCUAAUGACUAACCCAAACAUGACCCAUAAUCCAAUGAACAUGUCCCACAACAACCCUAUGUCGCUAAACAAGUCCAUGUCACAUAACAAGUCCAUGUCCCACCACAAGCCCAUGUCCCACAAUCCCCUGAGCCCCAUCAUCCCCUUGGGCUCCCUGGGACCUGAGCCUGUGGCCACCUACAUCACAGAGAUGCCCAGCAGCUUGCCCAUCCUCUCCAGCAACCACCAGGGCUCCACCAUGCCCGCCGUGCCCAAGCAGAUGGGACAUAAGCCCCAGAGAAGCAGCGCCGGUGGCGACAGGUUCAUUAAUAAAGGUUUGGGAGCCAUGGCCGGCAUGACUAGGACAGGGACUUUCCCGGGUCCUCACCACCACACCGGGACGGUUCCCGGGCCUCACCACCAACAACACAACCAACAUCAACCGCAACAACACCAUCCACUGGCUUUCAGCUCCCACACCAUCGCAGCCCCGAGGGGAAUGUUAGGCGGGUCGGGGCUGAAGGGUUGGGACAGGACUGAGACGGUUGGCAGGAGGAAGGGCUACAGCUCCAAGAGGCCCCAGUGUACAGUGGAUGACUUCAGCGAGCUGCACAGCCAGUCCCGCUCACUCAACCACAGUCAGCACUUCCUGCCCACCCAGCCCUACUUUGUGACCAACAGUAAGACGGAGGUGACUGUGUGAGAGAGUGGGAGAGUGGAAAGAUGGACGCCAAAAGCACAGUCACCAAACACAGGCAAAAAGGAAGAGGACAGACUGGUGGUGGUGGUCUGAGAUUGGGGGGGUUGGGGACAUGGUGGUGUCUCUCCGAGACCAGGGCCAGAACAGUGCCCCCUGGUGGCGUGUAAUGUCCAGCGUGAAAGGAUCAGUGCACGUGACUGUCAGUCAACCCUACACAAACCCAAGUUGUGAAAAGUC